GCCGUGUACGCAAAACAACUCUCUCUCUCUCUCUCUCUCUCUCUCUCUCUCUCUCUCUCUGUCCUUCUUCCACCACUACUCUUUCCAUUUUCUUCCCUGGCAACAGAUUUUUCUAUAAAUACAUCUCUAUCUUCACUCCAUAUGUGUUUACUCCAUUCAUCUCAGUUUGUUCUUCUUUCUUCUUCCGCAUUGCUCGUGGCUUCUUCGGAGGACCAGUGAGGAGAACCCCUUUCUCUUCCCUUGCCGACAGACACACCGGCGUGAUCGGCAUUGAGAUACCGGUUGGUAAUUGGUACCCGUUCAAUCUGUUUUUGUUGCUUGCGUUUGGUAAUGAAUAGUGUCAAGCACCCAUUCAGAGGGAUCCUUAAUGAUGUCGAAGGAAGAGCAUCUUGCUACAAGCAAGAUUGGAUUGUUGGAAUUUUUUCAAUUAGGAUAUUGGCUCCGACUGCCUACAUUUUCUUUGCAUCUGCGCUUCCUGUUAUUGCCUUUGGAGAGCAACUGAGUAGGGAAACAGAUGGAAGAUUGAGCACGAUUGACACUCUAGCUUCUACUGCCAUCUGUGGUAUCAUACACUCAAUACUUGGAGGACAGCCUUUGCUAAUAUUAGGAGUUGCAGAGCCCACAGUUAUAAUGUACACCUAUCUAUAUAGUUUCUCCAAAGAUAGGGCAGAUUUGGGAGCAGACCUGUUCUUGGCAUGGGCUGGAUGGGUGUGUGUUUGGACAGCUUUCCUGCUGAUUCUCCUUGCAGUUUUCAAUGCUUGUGAUCUUAUUACUAGAUUCACAAGGGUUGCAGGGGAACUUUUCGGCAUGUUGAUUACUGUCCUUUUUAUGCAAGAGGCCAUCAAGGGGGUGGUGGCUGAAUUUGAAAUUCCCAAACAUGGAAACCCAACAGAAGAGAAGCAUCAGUUCCCAUGGCUUUAUUCAAACGGAUUGUUAGCAGUUAUAUUCUCCUUUGGCCUGCUAUACACAGCGCUGAGGAGCAGGAAAGCGAGGUCAUGGUGGUAUGGCACAGGGUGCAUUAGAAGUUUCAUUGCGGACUAUGGAGUUCCGUUGAUAGUAUUGGUGUGGACAACAUUGUCAUUCAGUGUGCCAGGCAAAGUUCCUUCUGGGGUUCCUAGGAGACUUAAUAGUCCUCUUCCUUGGGACUCAGGAUCCUUGUACAAUUUCACAGUAAUUGAGGAUAUGGGGAGUGUCCCACUCGUCUACAUCUUUGCUGCUAUUAUACCAGCACUGAUGAUUGCAGGUCUUUACUUUUUUGACCACAGCGUAGCUUCACAGAUGGCACAGCAGCAGGAGUUCAAUCUCAAGAAUCCAUCCGCUUACCAUUAUGACAUCUUAUUGCUUGGAUUUAUGGUAUUGCUCUGUGGACUCAUUGGAAUUCCUCCUUCAAAUGGGGUCCUCCCACAGUCUCCCAUGCAUACCAAGAGCCUUGCAGUUCUAAAGAGGCAGCUGAUUAGGAAGAAGAUGGUAAAGGGUGCGAAAGAAUGUGUAAAUCAACAAGCUAGCAACUCAGAAAUAUAUGGGAAAAUGCAGGAGCUUUUUAUUGAAAUGGACACAGACUCAUCGACUGCCUCAAUAAGAAGAGAGCUGAAGGGAUUGAAGGAUGCGGUUAUGGCUGUUGAAGAGGGAAAAUCAAAUAGUACAUUUGAUCCUGAGAAGCACAUUGAAGCCUACUUGCCUGUAAGAGUUAAUGAGCAGAGGGUGAGCAACCUGGUACAGUCUAUUCUUGUGGGUGCAUCUGUUUGUGCCAUGCCUGUAAUCAAUUUGAUACCUUCGUCAGUUCUCUGGGGAUACUUUGCCUACAUGGCUAUUGACAGCCUCCCUGGAAACCAGUUCUGGGAGAGGAUGUUGCUUCUCUUCGUUACUCCUGGCCGGCGGUUUAAGGUCCUCGAAGGUGAUCAUGCUUCCUUUGUGGAAUCAGUACCUUUCAAGUACGUUGCAAUAUUUACCAUCUUCCAGUUUGUAUAUCUCCUGGUGUGCUUUGGGGUGACAUGGAUACCUAUUGCUGGCAUACUGUUCCCAUUACCAUUCUUCCUCCUGAUAACCAUAAGACAGCACAUUCUCCCCAAAUUCAUCCACUCAGAUCACCUUCGUGAAUUGGAUGCUGCCGAGUAUGAGGAGAUUGCUGGUACUCCAUAUCUUGGUCAUUCUCUCAGGGAACAGGAAUCUGGUCAAAAUGAAGGCGAGGUGAUUGGUAUAGAUCUAUGUGAUGGGGAGAUAUUGGAUCAUCUCACCACCAAUAGGGGAGAGUUGAAGCUUAGAACUGUAAGCUUCAGUGAAGAGAGGUGCCCCCAGGUUUACCCUGUGGUGUCCCAAGAUGAGUGAGGAUGAGUAGCUUCAUAGAAGGAAUGAUGCCGGUAAUGAUUGUUCGGUGAUGUUUAAUUUAAAGGUGGCGGUGGAAGAGUUUCUAAAGAGAUACAAUUUCAAUUGUGUUUGAAUUGCUUACUUUUUGGGUAAGCAAGUAUUGCUUUAUAUAGAAAAGGAUUUACAUCAAAUAGAUUGUUACAAGGACAGAACAAAGAAUAGACUGUUACAAGGAGAGAAUCAAGGAGAAAAUAUGUAUGGACUGUUACAAGAUAAUGAUUAAGUUAUGGAGAUUUGAAAUUUAAAAAUUCAAA